GAUGGAAAACUGCAAUGGGACAGGGAGUCUGUGGUAUGAGCAGAUACAAACAGAGCUGUUCUUAAAGAUAAAGCUAGUGAUCACCAGCGUCAGCUGUCUAGUGAACCUUCUGCUGAGCCUACCGCUGCUCUUCGUGAUCACGAGGAACCCCUCUGUCCAGCACAAGCUCCGCUACGUCCUCCUGGCCAACCUCCUAAUCUGUGAUAACUUGCAGCUGCUUCUCGGCACUGUGCACUUCUCCACCAGCUUCUACUUACUCCACUGCUCCUUAAUCAAUUGCUUCAUGUUCAUCAUCCUGUCCUUCAACUUUUGUACAGUGGAGAUCUUCUUCACCAUAGCUUUCUCGGUUGACCGAUGCAUCGCCAUCAAGUGGCCACUGCAGUAUGAGACCAUCUUUAGUUCAGGGAGAAAGAAGACCAUUGUGGCUGCUGUUUGGUUAAUUGCUAUAUUGUUGACCCUGGUGGCAUUGUUUGUAGCUUUGAAUAAGCUCCCCAUGAAUGUUCCCAUUGAGCGAUGCCAUCUUUUCAUCGUUGCUCCCUGCCUCUCGGAUUCUGGUAUUUUUGAAGGCUACAACACAUUAAUGAGUGCUAUCUUGCUUCUCGGUAGCUACGUCUGCAUCCUGGGCUGCUUGCUGCUCCUGUGCUGGGACAUCCGACUCUUCCUGAAGACCCGACGAGCGUGGGUCACCCUGGUGAUGCAGGUGCUUCAGCUCAUUUUCUACUCCGCUCCUUUGCUCGUAGAUAUAUUUUUAAUUAAGAACCUGAAACACAUGGAUGAUAUAGACAUCACCAUUAGUGCUAUCUUUAAUCUAGGAAUCUCCCUAGUCCCACUGGUGUACGGAUAUCGCUCUGUGGAGCUGCAGGGCCUGUUGUGGAAGCUUCUGCCUCUGUCCCGAAACACGAUCCAACCAAUUUCUUGCUAAAACAAAAAAUAUAAAAAAACAUUUAGAAUUUCUUUUGUUAAGCAGUAUAUAAUUAAAUAUGUUAACAUUAUCCAGCAGGUUUCAUUCGACUUUAUGAAGCACAAUUUGUUAAUUCUAUAGGGUGAUGCAACACCUUUGGCCACAGCUGUAGAGCCCAUGCUGUACAUAGGGUUUACUUGCAACACUUCUCAAUUAAUUACUCAAAUCUAAAUUAGUUUGAUGUUGUUGCAGAACUCUUUAGAAAAUAGUUUCCUGGAAGUUGCUUUGUGUUUCAUGGGGCUUAGAAUCUUAUUGUCUUGGCUGUGUAUCCACAGAAGCAUUUCAAAGUGACUUUUAUAAUCAAUCAACCUUUAAGUCAUAUGGGAACAUUAUAUAAGAAACUAUUAUCACAUUAAAUGCCAGUACUUUUUACUGUGAGCAGUCAAUGGGAGCAAAUAAUGCAUAAAUGAACUAUACUGUACAGCAUUUGGAAAUGGGACGUGGCAGGGGGCUGUUCCUGGAUGGUCUUUCUGGGACUAAUCUCUGUGAAGUCUGAAUGUUAUGGAGGUUUUACUUUGGGUAAACUUACUGAUGUUAUUGCUUUAUAAAUCAACUGUUUAGCACUUUACAGGAAACUUUUUGAAAAGACUAAAUGUUUCAACAUUUCCUCUGUUCAACACCAAGUAAUUAAUCUGAUUCAUCUACUUAACCCAAAGUGCUUUUUUUGUGAAAGCAAAAGAGAUCUGUUACUUACAAAAAUAAAUGUGAUUGUUUAAUUUAGGUACUCGAAAGUAGUUUGUUUCAUGCUUUGUAACUAUGUUAUUUUUCCAUUCACAACAGAAAUAGCAGAUUCUACAUGAUUCUUCUCGUCCAAACUGUUGAAUAGCUUAACAAAAGAAAAAAUAACUGGGGGACUCUUAAAUUAAUUUGCUGUGAGAUUUAGAUACGACUGGUUUGGCUUCAAAGUAGUAAUCAAGCUUUUCUGUAGGUGCUUAUUUCCUCUAUUUGCAUAUAAAACUGUUAUCUGACAAGUUUAAAUCAAUACAUGAACAGUAAUCCUUUCUUCAGUUUCCAUGGCAGACAGGUGUGUGGCAUACAUCCGUUGUUGCAAAUCUACUAGAAAUGAAAACUGACACUUUUCUUAGAAAUUGCCACCUGGCAUAUUUUUAUGAAAUAUGCCUGCACGGAUACACAACAUUGUUCCUGUUACUUCCUUGUGCUAUCUACUUGUAUGUGUAUAGUUUAAAUAAUAAAAUGUUUUGUGGAUGUUUAUUUAAUCGCGGUUUCUGUACCAGUAACCAGCACACUUGUUGGAAACCACUACAAUCUAUUAUGCAAGCUACUGUGCCAACAUAUAGAAGGCACUGUUUGUUUCAAAACAGAAAUCAUAUCUUAUAAGUGGGGCAAUUUCAUCAAAAGAAUUAACUGUCAUGUGACAUUUACCCAUAUUGGGUCUCUUUCCCUGGGCUGAACAAGUCAGUAUUGCUAAAGAUAUACAUUGGGGACAGUGUAUAGCAAAAAUGUAUGUGCAUGGGCUGGAGCAUGUUUUGUCGAAAGACUAAAUUUGGCAUUUUACCAGCACUUACUGAACAAGCAAGAUCAAAUACCAAAGUAAUGCUUAUGGUUUUAAAGAAUGAAAUGCAGCCAUUGUACUAAUCUGUAUUAACCAGUGUAUGUCAC